CUGAACUCGGUGACCUGCUGCGGCGGACCGGCCACUGUGGUUUUACACUGAAGGCCGGGACCUUAUUCACUUUGGUUGAGGCAUCAGGCACGUACGGUACCUUUCACUCAGAAUGUCGACGAAUGUAGAAGAAAGAGUUAAAAAGAUAGUCGUAGAACAACUUGGCGUUGACGAAGCAGAGGUAAAGAAUGAAGCCAGUUUCGUGGAAGACUUAGGAGCAGACAGUUUGGACACUGUAGAGUUGGUGAUGGCGAUGGAGGAAGAAUUCGGUACGGAAAUUCCCGACGAGGAGGCCGAAAAGAUAACAACUGUUCAAGGAUGUAUUGAUUAUAUUAACGCAGCACUGAACUAAUAGCCACCUCUACCUGUGCGGUGAUUACGUAUCCAGCGUGCCUGAUAGCUGAUCGCGGCGUCCCAUACGGCCUAUGAAACAUUGUGAUCGUUUAAUUUUGGUUGUUUGUGUUUCUGUGAAGAUUAAAAAACCCAUGUAGAACCUAUAA